AUGUUUCGAGGCCCCUCCUCGACGCAGAAUGGUGCAUGUAGGCCCCAUCGUGGACGAGGCAUUUGGCCAAAUCCGACGCGACGAACACACGGAGAGGAUACGCAGCCAAAUGAAAUCAUCGAUAAACGCAGGGCCACUGUGCCGCCUGCGAUUCGGACCAUAUCUACGGCGAGCAAGUACACGAAACCGCAAUGGAGAGGUCGUGGGCGGGGCAAUCCUUAUCUGGGCCGAGGCAGAGGAGCUAGAUUCGGAUUCGCUCCUGCCUUGCAUUUCCGUGGAACACCUGGAUCCAAUGAAUCAGUUUCCAGUACAAACUCCCACUUGACGCAGCGCCCUUCGCUGAACAGCGCUUCAGACACACCAUCACUGAGCAAUCGCGAUCUCGCUACCCAGGACCGGACGGUUCGAAUCCGGCAUGGAGACCAUGCGCUGCGGAACGACAUUGCCUCGACGUUAACGACCUCUCCGAACUUUCACAUUACCCCGGGAUUAUCGGAAGAUAGGCCUGCUAAACGAAGGAGGAUUGAAGAAGGCCAAAGCGCUUCGUGUUUUGGAGAAACCGUAUCGCAAUUACCAGCCCAGCAUUCCCACUCUUUCCAGGGCUGGAUUAAACGUGAAUCGCUCUCCCCAUCUCCCCGUCCUGCGGUUGGGCGCCCUGAUCCAACUACUCCAAUCAAGAAUGAAGCACGUAGUCCAUCUCCACCCCCUGCGGUCAGACGAUUAGUUACAUCUGGCUGCACCCGUUAUACACCAAUGCCAAUGAACUGCCGAAGACUCGAUCCGAUGUAUAAGUUUCAUCGUAAGGAAUGGGCUCUUAAUGAGGUAGCCAUCCUCAAGACGAAAGGCUUGCGAACAACACGGUGGUUGGCCAGAGAAGAUGGUAUGGUUAUAGAAUGGUCGAGUCGUAUCCCUGUAUGGUCGGACACUUUGGAGCCGGAAGUUAGCCCUGAACCUCCGCCCACACCUGACAUCUUUUCGGAGCCCCGCCGAACGCAUUUUGAUGACUGUACGAAUGACACAACGGCGCUGCUCAAAGAUUUGGCGUCUCAAUCACAGACUCAGUCCGCGCUCAGGCAAAAUGAAAGGUCCAACCCUUUAAGGUCAAAUAGCCCUCAGUCCCUUUCUCCAAGAGAUGGAGCCGCUGGAGUCACUAAUUUAUCAGCGUUUACUGGAGAUCGGUUAGCGAGUCGUUUUGAAGUUGACGCCUUGGUAGGCUCGCAGACGUGUGCAGCUGAACCCGCUUCUCCGCUGAGGGAACGAGGGCUUGAAACAAUGGCCUUGGCUUUCCUGGAGCGAUUCGUUCAACACUUCGAUGAUGAUCGGUCUGGCCUCCUCCAAGGCUACCACCCGGAUGCUUUCUUUUCUUUCAGACUACAUACCUCGCCGGAUACUCCCACUUCAGAUCCAACAUCCAGCAUACUAUGUUCGUCAGACCUCACCCUUUAA